AUGGAAAUUCUAGAGGGUAUGGUAAGUGAUGAUAGUGGAGAUGCUUUCUAUAGUGAGAAUGGAGAUGGUUCUGAUUAUAGUGGAGAUGAUUUUGAUGACAGUGAGUACAUUGUACAUGAGUCUAACUUGCAACUUGAUGUGGAUGUAUACAUGAGUGAAUUCCAAAGUGUCGUGGAUGUAGAUGAACAUGGAAUUUUAAACAAGCAAACCGAAAGUAUAGGGAAUGACAUAGUUGACGAAGAGUUGGAGGUUAUUCAAAGUGAUGAUUAUCAGUAUGCAGGAUUUUAUGAAGAUGAAAUGACAAGAAUGCUUAAGGAAUUGAGUAGGUCAACUCCAUGCUCACAUGGGGAGAUCCAUUGA